GACAACCACAGCGAGAACUUGUAGAUUCAGUCUCCGGCCACAAGCGGUUAAAUCGAUUGAACUCCUGUUCCUUUCCACCGAAACCACCAAUCUACCAUCACAAUGAAGCACCUCGCUGCAUACCUCCUCCUCGGCCUUGGUGGUAACACCUCGCCUUCCGCCGAAGAUGUCAAGUCCGUCCUCAACGCCGUUGGUAUCGAGGCUGAUGACGAGCGCCUCAACAAGCUGAUCUCCGAGCUUGAGGGCAAGGACAUCAACGAGCUCAUCGCCUCUGGAUCCGAGAAGCUCGCUUCCGUUCCCUCUGGUGGCUCCGGUGGUGGUGCUGCUGCCGCCACUGGUGGUGCCGCCGCUGGCGGUGCCGCUGCCGCCGAGGAGGCUCCCGCCGCCAAGGAGGAGGAGAAGGAGGAGUCCGACGAGGACAUGGGUUUCGGUCUCUUCGACUAAACGUAUCGCCAAUCCAUCUCUGUUUACGAUGUAUGAUCUGGCCAAUUUCUCAAAAAUCACGAGAAUCAUGCGCAACGAGUCCGAGCAUUUGGGGCGUGUCGAGCGCGCGAUGGAUGGGAUAUGGAGAAAGACUGUGCGGCAAUGCUUUCAUAGAUGCCUGCUGAGAUACCCACAAUGAAGCCAUGCACCCUCAAUUACAUCGACGUUGUGACUUUCUUCAAUGUGACUAUGUGUCUGUGCAUCUUACACUGAUGUAUACUUGUUGAGAGCGAGAGCAAAAGGUGUAAAUGUUUAAUAGUCAGGG